UUUCCUCGCGUCGUCUGUGGGUGUCUCGUGGUGACGGACGCGUGUUUUCCGUUGUGUGUCUGCGGCUUUUCAUUCAGUCGUAGCCGAAACGGUGUUGGUGCUUUUUGCCCUGCCGAAUGGAAAAACCUGCGAGCUGACGCCACUUCGCCGUGAGGACACCGUUUUCUAGCCACUCACUACAGACGUGCGAAGUGUGCUAAGCCCACUUCUGCCUCGCUUUGCCGAACGCUUGUUACUCUAAACGGCUCGACCGAUGGAGUGGCAGUACAGCGGAAAGGUGCUUGCGGUUCAUGCGCUCAUCGUCGCCAUGGCAACGAUGGCCUCGUUCUCCAGUCCAGUGUCCGCGAGAAUGCGAAUAUGUCCCGGAGAGGCUGUAUUCAGACCGACACCGACCGACGAGGAAGAUCUCGGGCAAGCAAAAGUGACGCGCCAGCCUUACGGUACAUUUAACGUGAGUGGUCCGUGGGCUUACUUCGUGCCUCGCUUAGCGCCCGACGUCAACGCGACAUUUCGUUGGUGGCUUCCCGGAGGCAACCAGCUCUCGCCGCUCGUUCUACCUGUCGACUUUGACGGCGACUCGCCCGGUAAGCAGCUCGGCGACGCUAACCUCACGGUCCUGUGCCACGGCCUUCCGCCGAGGUACGCAGCCGGCGCGGACGCGCUGGUGUCCGCGCUUCGCCGGCAACGACCGUCGCACGCCGUUCUCGAAGUCGUGUGGAACGUUGGUUGCGACGACGGUGUGUCUACCAGCCGCGCCGCCGAUGUGUACUACUGCCCGUCUCACGCGGCGCCGACCGACAGCGCUCGUUACCAGCGAGCCGCCGGCGACGGUCGCCUGGUUGCGCGUGCCCUGGCGCGCACUCUCCUCGGGCUCGUCAACGACCACGAGUACGAGCUCGCGCGGGUGCACCUGGUGGGAUUCGGUGUGGGCGCCCACGUCGUCGGAUUCGUCGCGGACGAGCUGCACUACUUCGACGACUACGACAAGCUGGGCCGACUCACGUUGCUUGAUCCCACGGCGCCGCUUUUCGUCGCUAAGCUGGGCCUUUCGCACCUCAGUGGGCGCGGCAGAGCCGCCUUUACCGACGCCGUCCACACUAGCAGCGUCGAUAGCUGCGGAUACGGCAUCCCCGGCAGUUUGGGCGAUCUCGACGUUUACGUGAACGGAGGUCAGCGGCAGCCCAAGUGCCGUUCUAGCGCCAUGUGCUCGCACGUCGCCGCAUUGGUUUACUACGCGCUCACGGUGGAGCAAUGCGCGACCCGCGCACAUCCACUGCCGGGCUACUGGACGCCCGAAAGGCGAGGCGUCGUCGAAGUUGCAGACGCCAGGUGCGCGGUAAGCAAAGUGUCGGCUACCGCGGAAGAGGCCACACAGAGCUCGAGUGCUUCGAAUGCGCGUAAGCAGUGUGCCUUUGCGUGGUGCCUAGCAGUUUUAGCAAUGUUCCUUGUGGCUGGUAGACCUCUGGCCAGUUUCUGGCACUGACCGCAAGGCGACGUGCCUUCUGUUUUGUGUUUUGUGCGACUGAACAGUGCGGAUUUUGUGCCCGCUAUGCUCAUGUGAUGGUAGAAGCCAGGACAUCUUGCAUCUUGAACAUCAGCUGUCGUGUUGACAGGAGUGGAUAAUGUAUGCUUUACCGGGCACUAUUUCCUAGAGCAUUCUGGAUGUGCCCGGCUGCCCCAUCGUUAGCUUCGCACUUGUUUUGUGCAUGCGACAUUUCAUUCUUUACUCGUUCUAAGUACAUUGCGGGUACAAGGUUUGUUCAUGCUCUGUUUUAUCCGUCAAGUGCAACGCUGCGGAGGCUAGCCGGACUUUUUGUCAUAGAUGUAUUCGCAAUAAGAAAUAGUCUAAUGAAUAUACCAUCCUUAGCAUGGUAUCUUCCAGUUUUAAAAUUGAGUGUACAGAUGAAUGAAGAUGCUUUGUACUUCAUACGGUAAAGGAACCCAGUGCACAGUUAUCAACCCAUCACGACACAUCACGUGCGGGCUCUUACUCAGUUUACAGGACCGUUUACAACGAGAAAAGCCACUAGGGAGAUGCAUGCACUCAAACAUUCUCGCAUAGCUUCGACAGCGUUGGCACUUGAUUUGUGAAAGAGACUGUAGCCUAACUAUCAAGUGAGCUGAUUUGCCUUCUACCUUUUACCAUUUUAUUUAUUUUAGUAUUUGGCUUGCUUGUCUCUUGCUUCACAUUUAGGUCCCCAUUAGUGGGUUUUUUUUUUUACAACAAUGAGCAGCUGACGGUGAGUGCGUGUGUCUGUGCGCUGGUCAGAGCUCAUUCAUUGUAACGUGCAGGUUUUACAUUUAUGAAAUUCUUUCUGGGGAAUUAUGUAGUGGUAUGCUGUCCACAUGUUUGCUCGUGAACUUUCCGUCAUUGCAAUGAAACCAUAACUCGCAGGAGGCAGCGUGUUUGGCCUGCUUCUGCCGCAGAGCUAACCAGGGGUAAGGGCCUUCACGUGUAGUUCCCAGGUUACCACUGUGCAGAAUACACGGUUUUACAUGAUGCACAUACGCACUACCAUUUUAGCUGUUAUUAAAUGAGUGUUUUCUUGCUUUUUCAUAUCACAGUGUGAAUUGAUAGUCAAGAAACAUGAAACGCACCAACCCAAUAAUUUCUGUGUGUGUGUUUCUGCAAUAGCACUGUUUGUUUAGCUUUUAAAGACACAAAGCAGCCACACUACAGCCCAGUAUUGCAACGGCACUACCGAUUUGCAAAAUAGCCUAAGUGUAGCAUGAUUUGUGUUUAUCUCAUUAUGGGUACACAUGAGUUAGUAUUCGUUCUUACAUUGUUAUGUGUAUUAUAGACUGGGUUCACGUGCAGUGCCGAUGGCAGCAGGCAAGUCACCAUUUCACGGAAGUGCAGAUUUCCAUGUUGACGGUUUUUGGCCAGCGGCUAGCACAUUUUGAUGGAAGCAAAGGCUUCAAUAUCUACAUGCUUGGUGCCUCCGUGGGUACAUUUAAUUGCAUAGUAGACAAUGUGAAAGAAUGAGUGCGAGAUCAGUCAUUAUUGUAAUCACAUGUAUUAUGUACAGCUUUGGCAAGCUAAACUCGUAAUUUAUAUGCUUAAGUGGGCCCUAGAGUUAUUUGUUAUUUUUACAAUUUGUGCUGCUAUCACCUUACGAACCCCACAAGACAAUAAUCACUUGGUAUAGCUCUUUUUAGCACCACGGCUUCAUUUUCACACGUCGUGCACCUCUGUUGGAAAGUUUUGCUUGCCAGACACACUUCCUUUGUUGUUAUUAUGUUUGAAAACAGUUACAAAGCAACAGUUUUAUGACUGGUGAGCAAACUGUUUAUCAGUCGUCAGAUAGGCAUUGCUAGCUACCUAGUUGAAAGCUUCCACUUCAGAACUUCCACCAUGAAAAACCUUGCUUUAGUUGUGCUUUUCGAAGGACCAGCUAAAUAUGAGGGGAAGCACAUUUUUUACCUAAUCACUGCAUGUCUAAACCAUGCUGACAGGCCUGGAAUUCUUUUACAGGGUGUAGGGGUGGGGGGCCACUUGCUAGACUAUUUUAGAACACUCAUUUUUAUCGUCAAGAAAAUUUCAACAGCGUGGAAAUUUACAUGAAUGCAAAAAAGAGCUGACGCUAACAUGUGCUGACUUUCAACUGAUUUUUAUUCAAAAAAUCCAUGUCGCUUGUGAAAAAUUGCACAGUGCAAAACAACAUGUGACUACUACCGUGCAUGAUGGAAACUUAAAAAUAAAAAAACAGUCCAGACAAUUUUAUCUUGUGAGAGCAUGCUAUAGAAAAGCAGCUUCUUUUUUGUGCAAGUCAAUGAAGCAUGCUGAUGCAAGCUCUUGCAAGAUAAGGUUGUCUGGACUUUAUUUUUACUUUUUUAAUAAAGUCAUAUCACUUCUUGGCGAUCAUGCGUGAUAGUAGUCACAUGUUCUUUGCAUGAAGCAAUUUUGUGCUAGGUCUGUGCUACAAAUGGCCAAAUUGCAAUUUUUCUUGCACAUGAGCUUAUACAAAAGAUGCUCCACAAAUAAUAAUUUCAAUGAAAACCAAGUUGAUACAUUUUAAUUCAACCCGAUUUUCUGCUGCCUAUUUUCAUGAUAACAUUAUAAGGUGAAAUUGCAUUAUGUUUCAGUGAAUAUCAAUGUUACGUUCUCCUGAACAGUAUGUUUCUUACACUUUUUUUUUCCAAAUGUAUCAGUGGGGUUUUCAUUUAAAAGAAGUAGGGAUGUUACCCGAGGGUGCAUUAAUGAAGUAGUAAAAUCUGAACUUACUUUAGUGCUUGUAGCUAAGGCACACCAAUGGCUGCAGUGUGUGUAGAUUUGGUAGUGGACUUUCCAACAACACAUAGUUUUGUCCUUCAUGUUGGAAGCCAUAGUGCUUGAUACUUUUUUGUGUUUUUUGUGCAAAAAGUGAAGUGCUUAUUUGCUGCAUACUCAGAAUAAGCUUUUUCUGGGUAGGUGGUCAGUGCAUGCAAACUGGCGUCGACAAGGCACAUGCCACGAUUUUCAUUAGCAGAAACUCAAUGACAGGUGUGGACCAAGCGACUUCUGGCAUCAAAAACUUGCAAAAAUAUUUUCCCAAAAGAAAGGUGAUAAGGCAGGCACAUUGUCAAACGGCACUUGACCAAUAAGUUUGGGGGCCACUGGCCCCCAGCUUUGAUUGGGGCAAUCGCCACUGGGGGAGCUUUUUGCACCUGGAAAUGGCCCAUUCUGGCAAUACCUCACAAGUUAAAAGUUACACCUGUAUACUUUCCUGCCCUUUACCAAGUAACCUUUUCAGACGCUUUGUAUACAAUUGUGUACAUCACUUCUUUUUGCUAGUUGCGUCAACUAGGGGCAAGAAAGUGCGAGAUACUAUGAGGCUUACAAGAAAUGAACCUCUUUCUUAGUAAACUUGUCUUCAUUUAACUUUAGUUUUGAUGGUACUGUUGCAUAUAAUCACUUUCCUGGAGGCACUACCAUAGUUGACAAGUCGUUAGACGUGGUGAUUCCCUGGAGCCACGUCGAAAUAAAUUUUUUUUUUCUCAAUAUUGACAAAACCAGAAACCAAUUCGCUCUAUACUUUCAAGUCUUAAAUUUGAUUCUAUAUAUGCAAGAACCAAACAUGAAUGUCUUCAGGAUAAGUAGAUAUUUAAUGAAAGCUUAAUUUCAAUUAACUGCUAUAAAAUGCAUAAAUCAAUCUUUUAUAAAAUUGUUGUUGCAAUAGAAUAUACAGGGCCUCAAAGUCAUGUUGUGACAAUUUGAUGCAUUUACAAGGAGUUCUUCAUAGGUGGCAUCUGAAAAAGUUUUAAACUACCCCUUGUGUGACUCUCUUAAGCACUUCAUUUGCAUAUCAGGUCACAGAUAUAAUAACAGCCAGAUGCCUUUAUGACGAAGCACUUUGGGAUCCCUAAUGUCUAGCAUUAUACAUAACAUCUUAUCGUUAUAAUGUGCCCUCCACAUAAGGAUUUUAAGCAAGUUCAAUGUGAUAAACAGCCCUGAUUAACAUUAUUUGAGAGAUAAUUUGUGAACUGCCAAUACCUAUUUUCUGUGAAUUUCUAAUGAACGUAUGUGCAACUCCAGCUAGCUUCAUGACGCCGAGAAUUGGGUGUGUGUCUUGUAGGGUGUGUGCAAGGUGUAGUUGCACAUCACGACAGGAAGGCUUCUCUGCCCAACUUGCCAGAAUUCGCAGUUCACCUACAGGCUAAGUAAGCACCACGUUGCCAAUGAUGGAUGAGAGCCCAUUCCUAGUGAGACUCAUCCCGAUCUGUGCUCUUGACCUUGCUCACCCACUUCCUUAUUGUGCAGAUGUGAUGGUGGUCCAGCACCAAAUUCUCCAUUUAGAGCACAGGUUUACUUCUAGAUAUGUGCCUCAAGGCUGACUGUGAGUGACACAACUUUAGUGUCCCUACUUUCUCUACUCCUUCCUCCUAAUUGUGGUCCUUCUCAACAAUUUUAUUCUGAAAAAUCAGCUGGCUCUACAACUCGCCAAGAUCCUGAGUGACUCACAGUCAAACAUGGCUUUGGAAGCUGGCUAGUAUAAUAUGAAGAAUUGUUGAAACAGUGCUAGCAUUUCUUUUUUACUUAUUAGAUUCAAAAGGACGCUUGCACAUUUAGGCAUGCGUCCAUUCUUCAUGAUGCCAUGGUGCAACAGUCAAUUCUAGAGCAGGCUGCAUUAGUGUUUUGCAAGAAAGUUACACUUGCCUCUGUGAGGACUAACGGCAAAAUAUGAGGGCUGAGUGCCUAUCAACCAAAUAGUGAUGUUCUGACAGCCAGCCUUUUCUGCUGCCGAAAAUUUUGAACACCCUGCAAAAUUGUGCAGUACCCGGUAUCAUGACUUUUGCCGUCAGGGCUACGAGUCUCACCAGGAUUUUAUCUCUUUUGGGGGAUGCAAAACCAUGUUGCAUCAUGCCUAUGUCUAUGCAAGGGGCUGACAGCCAGUGCCUUAACAUUGCGACUUACAGCACAAAACACCCAGACAUAGACUAGAGAAAAGGAGAUGGUACAGCACAGAUCGCCAACUAGCCCAAUUUUUCAUCUUGGCUCAAUAUCGAUUUGUCUCAUCUGAGCAUUCAUCUUUUCUCAGCCUGUUAACAUAUGAAAACAUUUCUCUGAUGGACAUGCAGAGGGGUGCUGGGUGGAGUGUAUGAUUGUUUAGUAAUAAAAAAUACAAGAGCACUGUUGUGGGCUUUGAUAUGUAAAUAUUCUCCAGAUGAAGCUGCUGAGGCCUUGUCUGAGUGCAUGCCCUUGUUAAUGACUUUGACCCAAUAGCUUCCCAGUCAGUGUUAUCAGAAUGAUGUCACUGUGAUACAGAAUCAAAUGUCAUGGCAUUACAAUUGUUUCAGUGGUAUUGAAACUUGGCAUUUUUAUAGCCCCAUUUCAGUUUCCUUUUCUUGUAUUUAAUUGGGUUGGGAACAGGGCCAGCUUUAUGUAAAGAUGCCUUUUACUAUAUUUUCUUGCCCCUUUAUUCAUUUACCAUGAUAUCAGCAAUUAAUCUUGUAGAUUGCAUCCUAGACCGGUGACAAAGUGUUAUGAGAAAAAGGAUGAAUAUUGAAUAGUUUCACUAGCCUGGCCCUGAGCUCUUAUCUUUAUUUUUUUUCGUGUCUCCUGUCUGCAUUUUAUAGAUACAGAAUUCAGUUCAUGAUAAGUUUUGUGUAUAUCUAAUAAUUUUGCCAUGGCCUGCUUUUUUUUAUUUUGCAAACCACCUGACCCAGUUUGCGUGCACCUUUUUUGUUGUAAUGUAGUCCUGUUGUUAUUUUUGCAGUGUGCCUAUGGCAUAGUGUUACAUUACCUAGGCAAUAUU